AUGCCAACAUAUGUCGUAACGGCUUCGAAAAAUGCCUUGUCGCCAGAGGCAAAACAGGCGCUGGCUCGAGUUAUCACUGCAACCCACUGCGAAGAUUCCAACAUUCCCUUUUAUCUAUGCCAGGUGGUGUUCCAAGACGUUGAACCCACCCAGCAAUUUCUGAACGCGGAACCAGUCACCGUUGACCAAAUUUGGGUUCGCGGAGAUGUGCGGGCCGGUCGCUCAGAGGAGCAAAAGACGCGAAUCAUUGAACGCAUAGUCAGGGAGGGCAGCCAAGUGACUGGAGUUUCGGAGUCGAAGUUUUGGGUUUACAUUUGCGAUAUCCCCAGAAUGGCAGAAUAUGGACGAAUCUUGGGUCCUCCAGGCUCAGAACCCGAGUUUAUCGCCAAUUUACCAGCUGACGUGCGUGCACGGUUUAAUAUUUCUUAA